UGCACGUGACGGGGGAAGCUGAGAGGGGGGAAUUGGAUCCGGCGGCGGCGGCGGCGCUUGUUGGCGGUAUUAAUAGCUGGGGCAAAGAAGAGCGUGUUUUGAGGCGAGCCCGAGGCCGCGCUAGCCGAAGGGAUGAAGAGGCCGGUAGAGAGAUAGAGAAACACCUUUGGAAGGAAGUUCCGGGAACACUGCCUGCAUGCCUUGGAACUGGAUUAAUUUGGGUCUGAACAGUAGCAGACUUGUAUUUGGGUCCAGCAGAAAGCCAGAACAAAUGUGUUUGCAUCAUGCCAUCCCCCAACGUGGGAAAUGCUCUAAUGCAAGGUGAGAUAGCCCAGACUGACCUUUAUGGCCAAAGUCACGUUGGAACUGAUUCUGUAAAAGUUGCUCUGCUCAGAAAGUUCUUUCUUCUGCGUUUUCUGCUUGAAGCAAAGUCGGACUGCGUAAAGGCCGUAACUUUAAGGGCCACAAGUUAACCCAUAAAGUUGCUGCUAUGGGAUGAUAAACCAGAGAUCUUUGGUUUUUGUUUUUCCAAACCCAGCAGCUGUGUAUCGAUUUCUGCGUUUUGACAUCUGGUUUUGUGUGUGUACUAAUGGUGAUGCCCCCAUAUAUAUGCCUGUGUAGCCUUUGGCCUAGACUGAUGGAAAUCAUGCCAUGAGAGCAUCUACGACGUAAGCGUAUAGCCAUGACGGAACCCCACAGGGUACAGCUCACCUCUCUGUCAGGCCCACUGAGUACCACUUUACUGAAAAAACCUCGCCGGGAGGACGUCACAGGAGCAGAGCACCCCCAGGAAUCUGAACCUGCUGCUGCCGCGGUUCGCAUUGCCCUCACCCUUUUUGAGCCAGAUCACAAGCGCUGCCCAGAAUUCUUUUACCCAGAACUGCUGAAGAAUACACGUGGGAAAGGGAAAAGCAGUUCCAUAGGCGAAAAGAAAAAAGACCUUGCUGAUCCCUUCAAUGAUGACGAAAAGGAGAGGCACAAAGCAGAGGCGCUUGCUAGGAAAUUUGAAGAGAAAUACGGUGGAAAGAAGCGCAGGAAAGAUCGUGUUCAAGAUUUGAUAGAUAUGGGAUAUGGAUACGAUGAAUCCGAUUCUUUCAUUGAUAAUUCUGAAGCAUAUGAUGAGCUUGUUCCAGCAUCUCUAACAACCAAGUACGGAGGCUUUUACAUCAACUCUGGGACCCUACAGUUCCGCCAAGCUUCGGAAUCUGAGGAUGACUUCAUCAAAGAGAAAAAGAAGAAAUCUCCUAAGAAACGGAAAUUGAAAGAAGGAGGUGAGAAGAUGAAGAAGAAGAAGAAAGAUGAUUCUUAUGACAAAGAAAAGAAAUCUAAAAAAUCUAAGUUUCCCAAAACUGGUUUCACAGCCCUGAAUGCAAGCAAGGAGAAAAAGAAGAAGAAAUACUCGGGGGCCCUGAGUGUCAAGGAGAUGCUGAAGAAAUUCCAAAAGGAAAAGGAUGCUCAGAAGAAGAGGGAUGAUGAACCAAAACUGGCCGUUCCCUCCCUGACUGAAACCCCACCUCCACGGGAAGUGGAGACCGUGCCCGACCCUAUCCUCUCCCUCUUCGGCCACACCAGUGACAACGAACUGCUACAAGCAGCCACAGCCAUGGACUCCUUGACUGACCUUGACCUGGAGCAGCUUCUCAACGAGUCUCCGGAAGAAAGCCCUUUCCACGACAUGGAGGACGGAAGCGACCCCCUUGCCAUGGGCCUGGAGCAGGACAUCAAGCAACCCCUCUCCCUUCCCGACGGACUUCCAGGGCCCCUGGAGAAGCGUAUUGAGGAACUGACUCAGGCUGCCAGAGCUGCAGAGGGUGAAGGCAAACACAAGUUCUUCAACCAGGAUAUGAAUAGCAUCUUACUGGAUAUAGAGCUACAAACACGGGAGCUGAACAGCCAGAUCCGAUCUGGGGUGUACACUCAUCUUGCUUCGUUCCUGCCUUGCAACAAAGACACCCUGGUCAAACGUGCCCGCAGGCUUUACCUCUAUGAGCAGGGGGGUCGGCUGAAGGAGCCGCUUCAAAAACUAAAGGAAGCCAUUGCCAGGGCGAUGCCAGAACAAAUGGCCAAAUACCAGGAAGAAUGCCAAGCGCACACCCAGGCCAAGUUUGCCAAGAUGUUGGAAGAGGAAAAAGACAAGGAGCAGAGAGACCGGGUUUGUUCGGACGAUGAGGAAGAUGACGAUAAAGGAGGGAAGCGGAUCAUGGGACCCCGGAAGAAGUUUCAGUGGAAUGACGAAAUCAGGGAUUUGCUCUGCCAGGGAGUGAAGAUCAAACUGGACGGGUAUGACCUCGAAAAGAACAAGGCCCAGCCAAUGGAGGAUUAUGUGAAGACCUUCCUAGAUGCAGAAGUCAAACCCCUUUGGCCAAAGGGUUGGAUGCAGGCCAGGACGCUGUUCAAGGAGAGCAGGCGAGUGCACGGCCACCUCACGUCAAUCCCAGCAAAGAAGAAAGUCAUGAUGCCUCCAAAGGUGAAGGGAAAGGAGCCCUCCAGUAAGCCGGAUAAAAAGAUGCCCCUUCCUGUUCCGUUGAUCCACUCGAGUGGCACCGUUUCCCUUCCUCCAGAGUCCCAGGGAGUUGCUGUCGGUCUCAGCCCUCAGACCAGGGAACUCUUGGCCAUGAGUUCGACGCCAGUCCCCAGCAGCACAGCCACCCCAGCCGCCUUCAGCCUGGACGACUCUCUGGACGAGGACUUGAUCCAUAAUGCCGCGUCAUCUUUGGAAGCGGUCUCCAAGGAGCUGGGUGUACUGAACAGCCGGACAGGGGGAAGCCCUGACUUUACCCUUCCUGUAGUCCCAAAGACGCCUUCGGAGAAGCCCCCGAUCCAGGCAACGCUGGAAGAGAAACGGAUCUUCCCUAAGCCAAGCCCUUCCCCCGCCCCAUCUCCUGCCGGGGGCUCUCUGCAGUCACCCCUCAACUUCCUGGCGGAACAGGCCUUGGCUCUAGGCCAGUCUCCUCCGGACAAAAAGGCCGAGGGCUCCAGUUACAAAGACCUCUCCUGCCAGACUCCCCCGACGAAGCUCUUGGACGCCCACCAGUCCAAGCCGAAGCACCACGGCUUGCCACGCACGGUUCACGGGCCCCAGACAUCCACCCCAGUGCAAACGCCCCAGGUGAAGGUGUUCCCCAUGGGAGGCCAGCAGCCGAAGAGCUUCGCCCCUUCCCCGCCCUUUGUCAAGCUGCAGAGUCCCAAGUCGGUCUUGCCGCUGCCCCAGCGGCCCCUCCUCCAGCAGCAGGUCAAGACCCCCGCCAAGACGCCAAGCUUCCAUUCUUCCUCCUCCUCUUCAUCCACUGUCUCCCCAGGGUCUGGCGGCUCCCACAAGACGUCCAAUUCCUCCUCUCUCUCGCUAAGCUAUGCGGGGAAACACCCCAGCAGUGCCGGCUCUUCGGGACAAUCUUUCAAGUCGCCCUUCGUGGCCCUGUCCAGGCACAUCGCUUCUACCAGCGGCUCUACGGCCGGCAUUUCCACAACCCAGAGCCCCUCUUCGGGCAGUCUGCUUGCAGGCCCAUCUCUUCCGUCUCCUGGGCAGGCUCCCAGUCGCUCAUCGCCAAGUUCCAUGGUGAAGAAGACUCUGGUCUCCCAGAAGCUGACCUUGGUAGCUCCGCCGGGGGGCCCGAACGUCAGCUCGAGCGGAGGCACCCAAGGGGUGGCCAAGUUGCUGACCUCCUCCCUGAAGCCCGCUGUGGUUAGCAACACUGCGUCCUCCCCCUCUGUGCCAAAAGGGGCCAGCGGAGCAGUGCUCCUGACCAGUUCGUCUUCCUUGAACGUCCUGUCGCCCUCCUACAAGCCCAGCACCCCGAAGCUGCCUGCCACCCUCAGCUCUACGCCGCUGGGCAUCAUCUCACCGAUCCACUCGUUCCCGCUCCACGUGAUUUCCUUCAGCUCCGACUCUUCCCCCAAGGCAGGGGUGUCGAAGGACGCCAUUGUCACGGGACCAGCCCCGGGAACGUUCCACCACGGACUUGGCCACAGUCUUUUGGCUGGCUUGCCCUCCAGCCCGCGCCAGGCAGCGCCUCUCCCACACUCUGCGCUGCCGGCCCAUUUCUCACACGGUUUGCCAGGUCCUUCUCAGCUCCAUGGUAAAGGGUCCAACGUGCAGCCGCGGAAAUUGUGACAGCUUUAAGAGAGGACCCGGCGAGCCCCGAAGGGUGCCCCCUGCAGGAUGGAAGUAGCAUCACGCAAGGGCCCGCCUCCCUGCUCUCUUGCUAUUCCUUCUGACAUGGAGUUGCUCUGGAGGGUUCUCCCCCAGUUUGGACCAGGAGCUUUCCCCGGGGAUCUGUGCCUGCCACUGAAAGAGGAAGCACUUAAUUGUCCCAGUUCGGGCAGCUGCGCUCGCUUCCCAUACUCCCAUGUGCCGCCAGAGCAGGGAGGGGAGGUGCAGGCAAGUCUCUAGAAGCCAAGCACCCCAGAAGCCAGUUACCUCCUCCUCCUCCUCGAUUCUGCAGUGGAUUACGGAAAGGUGCUUGUUCCCGCUUAGCACUUCACUUGACUGACUUAAGCUCAGCAAAGGGAGUGACUCAGCCCUGCGUGCGUGCAUAUGGGCUCUUCCCUCACCCCGAUUCCCUCUAAUGGUACCUGUAUGAAAGCUGUGCUGAUAUUGACUAGAAGAUCUACCUUCCUCUGUGGCAGCUUUGUAAAGUCAAUCAGCUCUUGAGCCUCUCGAAAGGAAAGGAGAGACUUGAGAGGCCUUGAAAUGCACUCAUGAACAUUGAACUGAACUUGUGGUCUUUAUUUUUGCUCUCCUUUCUCCCUCCCCCCCCUCCCCUUUUUUGUUUCGUUUUUUGGUAUGCUCAGUUCUCCGCUCCCUGCCCUGUCAUUACCACUGAACGCAUUGGAUUGGAGAAGACCCUUUUUCCCCCCUGCAUGUCAUCGUGCGUAGCGAAGCCGUAAUUCCAGUGCCUUUUUAGGGUGGAGCAAGAGUGGAAAACAAUUCAGUCUCUUUUGGUGUGAGCUCCCUUGGGCUUUUUCAAUUUUAUUAUUCGUAUCUUUUGAAAUUGUAUCCGUAUUUUGAAAUGCUUUGGGCUUCUGUUUAAUGGGGUUGUACAUCGUUGUCCAGACUUCACCUGGUGAGCCAGUUAUAAUGCCAGGUUGAGUCAGGGACUUGAGUUUCCCCCGAAGCAGUUGCGUCUGAGCCAGAAUUCAGCAGGUGUUCUGUAAGGAGGUCAACAUCCUGGGCUUCCCCCUUCGUUCGGCUGUAGGAAGGAGCUACACAGGAGUUUGGAGCUGGCCCUCUGGGGCUGUGGGGGAAAUCCUUGUCCUCCUGCGCAUGCUAUGUUUGCAUUGGGGGGGGGCAUGCAUGCUCACAUUGCCACUGGGUUGGGGUGACGGGGUACUUCCUUCCAGCAACCCUUGGGAAAGUGGGUUAGACCCCUCAUCAUUUCAGAACUUGCUUAAGCCACUUUCCCUGUUGAUUCUGCCCAGCGGCAAAGUUCUUUUGGGCACCAAGGGAGCAACAGGCUGGCUUGGGUCGCCAUUCAUCCCAGUGUCGGUCUUGACUUUCACGCUGAAAGGAUUGUGCUUCAGAGCGGUCCUAAAGCCCUGCCUCUUGGAGCAACUCCUCCUUGCUUCAAGGUCGUGGCUGGCACCUAGAUCAGUCCGUGUACUAAUCUGUGGCAGAGCACAGAGCUGAGGGACCAAGCCCUUUUCCGCCUUAUCUCCCCUCCCAUGCAGGGUGGGCAAUGCACUGCGGGAGAGCGGCUCAUGCAGAGCAGCCCACGGGCUUCACUCGUUCCUGUCUCCUGAAAAGGAGCUGGAGCUAAAAGCUACCGGUUGCUUUUUUCUAAAGCCUCAGUGCCGUCCUCCCUUGCAACUUUUCCCCUAGCCUAAACUAGCAGUUAUCAGCCUCAAAUGAGGCCUGUUUCUGUCCAUAAUAAGCAACACAGCCCCAAACACCUCCCUCUUGCCUCUAAAGUUUCAAUUUGCUGAUUCUUCCUCUGAAACAGAAAGCACUUGAUCCACAAAAUAGCGUAACCCCAAGGUUUCGUUUUUUGAGCAGUCGCAACGAGCUCUGUUUGGAUUGCGACCUCCAAACCAAGUUUGGAAACCAGUUCUUUCUUUUGAUGCGCCUGAUUUUUUUUAUUAUUAUUAUUCCAGAUAAACAUGGGCAAAAAAACACUCCUCUCAUUUGUACUUCUUUCCAAGAAAACGAAUUUGAGAAUUUCAGACUUAUUAGCCACAAUCAAAUCCUUUUUUUAAAAAAAAAAUCAUAAUACAAAUGUUAGGUUGUAGCAGAAGAGCCAAAGACCGAAUGUUAAAGGUUGACCGUUUUGAAGCUCAGAAUUUUUAAUAGAUGGGUGCUUUUUGUUUUGUUUUUGCUUUGGUCAGGGCUCAAUCCUGCUACGUACUGGAUGCCUAUCGGGAGAUGCUUUCUAGUCGUGGGAACUAGUGCGCUCAGCACUUGGCAGGAUUGAGGCCUCGCUUGAGCUACUCAGAACCUCCCCUCUUGCUGCUCUCACUCGAAAGCUUCCGUUGCAGCGUAUCUGUUCUUGGCUGUACCUGGAAGAGAAUCCUCUUAAUUUAGAAGGAAAUUUCAUGAAGCCUCUUGCCUCAGGGAAUGUUAUGUGGUGGAAAUUCUGCGCGAGUUCUCCCCUUCCUGCUUCCCCGUCCCCCUGCCCCCUUUUUUCCCUUUGCGUUUACGAAGUGAGACAACUUUAUCAAGCAGAGCCAUGGCAGGGCAAGGUCUAACAGCUGGGGGUUGUGACUAGAGCAGAGCACCAGGGGGAUCUCUGCCUUGGCGUAGACCAUUUUGGGAGAUUUUGUUUACGGUGGUGGACACCUGCACCGCCAAAUGGCACUUAAACUUAGAAAAGCAGCUUCUUUGUGUGCAGGAAGAGCUGCGAUUUAUUUUUGUGUGUGUUGGGGGGGGGAGGGGGAGGCCUUUCUAGGUAACGAGGGUGGUGGUGACAUUUAAAAUGGUUAAUCUUGUAUACACCAACUGAAUAAAAUUGUUUUUUCAGUUUCCAAAAA